ACAACGGAAAUCGUUCUUGUUAUUGGAGUUUUUAGCCUUAAACUGCUGUAACUAAAUAUAUGUCUUUCCAGUUGAGACCCACAUAUCGUAGUGUUAUCUAAUAUUAGGCGUUCAGAAGAAAAUGAUGUGCCGUCAUUCACCCAGUCACGUGUAAACAGGGUUGGAGACUAUCGUUGAGGGACGCCAGAGAUGGAGGCUCUGGACCACAUGCUAACGGAGCCGUUGGAGUCGGGUGCCGCCGAGACAAAUGGCGGCAUCAUGGAAGAGUGCAUGCUGGGUAACAGCCGUGUGCGACUGCCAGAGGACCUGCUGGUGAACGCGUGGGCCCGGAAGUCAAGCCGGACGUAGAAGGAGCAUCUCUCUCAGUUCCUGCCCCGUUUCCCUGACGACAACACGGCCGAACAGGAGCGUACGGUCAGCGCACUCUUCAACAACCAGAACUUCUGUUUGGGGAACCCGCUGCAUCUGGCGCAGAAGCUCUUCAGAGACAGCUACUUUAACCCAGAGGUGGUGAGGUAUCGGUGUGUGUGUGUGUGUGUAAUGUGUGUAAUCUGUGUCCCUCAGACAGCUACUUUAACCCAGAGGUGGUGGUGCGGUAUCGGCAGCUGUGUACCAGUCGCGGCAGGCGGGAGGCAGCUGUACUCUCUUCAGCACUACUACCACAAGCUCCUCAACCAGAUCCUGGAAGUCUCCAGGAAGGAGCUGCUGGAGCUGGCUGCUCGUGGCGGUCCUGAGUUGGCCCUGCGGCGCCAGCAGCUGGCCCAGGCGGGCGUGUGUGUGUGUGCAGAAGUGGGCCCCUGGCUACGGAGCCCCCCGUCCCCCUCCUCUCCAACACUUUCAGUCCCCCUGAAGGUCCUGCCCAGCCUCUCCACGCAGGACAUGAAGACCAGAGAUAAGGUGGAGUUGGGGGAGAAGGAUCUGAGAGCUCUGCUGAGGAGACACAGAGAGAAGAGAAAACACCAACCAGACCACCCCGACCUUGUGACGCGGGAGCUGCACCUCGGCGACAUCAUGUCUCGCGUCAACAUCGGCAGGAAGGGUUCCUCCAUGGCGCUGUUGGAUCUGUCGCUGCCUAAGAAGCGUGCGCGGGAGGAGAGGAAGAGGAGGAAGAUGCGUCCUACCAUCAAGAUGGAGGCCGAGGACCCGUCAGAGCUGCUCAUGUCCACGAACGCCAGCGCCACGGCCGGCCUCAGCGACACCCCUGCCGCACCCCUGCCCAGCGUCAAGGAGGAGCCCAUGGAGGAGUGUCCGAGCAGUCCUGCUGCAGUGGAGGAGAUCGCUGUGAGCUUCUUCCACCUGCUGGAGAACCUCCUCAGACAGGAGAGCCUGGCCACCUCUGCCCUGCUGGAGGAGCGUAUUCAGCAGUGGCAGACAUCUGCAGCCAGUACACUCAACCCCUGGUUCUCUCUCGCCCCCUGCUGGUCUGAGUUGGUACAGCCGGCACUGCACUUCCUGGCUGGAGAGAGCAAGCCUGGUGUGAUUGGCUUACCCAGCGGCUUCACCCCGUUUGUGGAGUUCCAUGAGCACUCGCAGCAGUGGAAGUGGCUAGCUCCCGUGCAGGAUGGGGAGAAGGAUUUGAGUGCACUAUGUCAGCUGUGGUUGGAGUCCAAGGACCACAUAACCAGCAAGGAAGGAGACGAGGCCGCAGACGGAACGCCACCAGCCCCCAGAGUAUGGACGGACUACGUGGUGAGACCCAGCACUGGAGAGGAGAGACACAUCUUCCAGGAGCAGGAGCAGCAGCGCUAUGAUCAGCCCCAUAAGGCCUUCACCUACCGCAUGCACGGCUUCGAGUCGGUGGUGGGGCCCGUUAAAGGCGUCUUUGACAAGGAGACGUCUCUGAACAAGGCCCGCGAACACUCCCUCCUCCGCUCCGACCGACCCGCCUACGUCACCAUUCUGUCCCUGGUGCGAGACGCUGCAGCUAGGUUGCCCAAUGGAGAGGGUACGCGUGCAGAGAUCUGUGAGCUGCUCAAGGACUCCCAGUUCCUCGCCCCCGAUGUCACCAGUGCGCAGGUGAAUACUGUGGUGAGCGGUGCUCUAGACCGCCUCCACUACGAGAAGGACCCAUGUGUGAAGUAUGACAUUGGCAGGAAGCUGUGGAUCUACCUGCACAGGGACCGCAGUCAGGAGGAGUUUGCUCUCAGGCCCUAAAGCAGCAGCAGAAGCGCGCAAGCCAAGAAAGCUCUGCAGCAGAAACCCAAACCAGCCACUAAACCUAAGGGUGUGGGUAAAGAGGCGGGCACUAAGACCCCGGGGACACCUGAGGCUGGUCAGAGUGGCAGUGGCGAGGGGGGUGCCCUGCCCCCUCCCCCCACCACCCCCUCCAGUACACCCAAGUCCCCCCUGCCCACUGCGACCCCCACCAAGGCUGGCAUCCCGGACACCGUCAAGACCAGCCCCAGUGUCCUGCUGGUGUCCCCCUCCAUGCCCCAGCUGGGGACCCUCCUCUCUGCCGGCCCUGCUGGAGCUCAGGUCUCGCAGGCCUCUCCGCAGCCUGGGGCUCGAGUAGUGAGCCACCCCGCGGCCGCAGCCUCUCUGCCCCAGGUGCGGGUGGUGACGGCCCAGUCAGGGCUCCAGAGCUCCGCCGGGCAGCAGCAGGGGCACACGCUGGUCCACUCGGCUCCGCAGCACAUCAGGGUGCCCGUCAGCGUGGCGCACAGCAAGGGCAUCACACAGACGGUGGUCAGUCUCCCGGUGAGGACCCAGACUGCUGCCGGUAGUCCUGUUCAUGUGCAGACGAGUCGCGGCCAAACCACACUCACCGUCUCCGGCAUAGCAACCGCCGUCACGGCAACCAAGCCUCCUAGCAGCAGCCCGGGAAGCCCCGCCCAAACACAGCCUUCACCUGCCAUCCUCAAACAGGUGGCCAUCACGGGUCAGCUGGGGGUGAAGGGGGCAGGAGCGGGCAUCCCGCUGACGGCCACCAACCUGCGCAUCCAGGGCAAAGACGUGCUGCGUCUGCCACCCUCGUCCAUCACCACGGACGCCAAGGGCCAGACGGUGCUGCGCAUCACGCCCGACAUGAUGGCCACACUGACCAAAACGCCCAUGGCAACCGUCAAGCUCACGCCCGACAUGCUGACCUCCGCCAGCGGCGCCACCAAGGGGCUCUCGGCCACGCUACACGUCACCACCCCGCAGGGUGCCGAGGGGAAGGCUGGCACAGUGAAGGGCGCGUCGGACGCCACAACAACGUCCACGGGGGCCAUCCGGCUCAUGCCCGCGCUGGCCGUUACCAUGGCGAGUGAGCAGAAGGGCCGCAGCUUCGCGGCCACGGUGGUCAGUCCCACGGCGUCCUCAGCCGACGCGGGGGGCAAGGUGGGCACCACCAUCCGCAUCAUGCCCGGCCUGGGCGUCAUCUCGCCCCAGAAGCCCGGUGCCGCUGCUGCCGUCGCCGCGACGACCAGCGCCACGGCUACCGUCUCCCUGGCUGGGAAGCCCACCACGGUCACCAUAGCGACCAGCUCUGUGGUGGGAGGGUCUAAGGGCAUCACGAUCGGGCCGGGAGCGGCGUCUGCUGGCGGCCACGGAAGCGCCUCUCUGUCGUUAAGGCAAGGAACGGUUACUGUACGGCAGGCACCGGUCAGCGCCACAGUGGUCAGCACACAAGGAGGCAAGCUUCCUGCUCGCAUCACCGUGCCCCUCUCGGUGCUCAGCCAACCACUGAAGAGCAAGAGCGUGGUGACCACGCCCCUCCUCAAGGGCAACAUCAGCACCAAUCUGAGUACUCUGGGUAGGAACAUCAUUCUGACCACCAUGCCCGCUGGCACCAAACUCAUCGCCGGGAACAAACCCGUCAGCUUCGUCACGGCACAGCAGCUACAGCAGCUGCAGCAGCAGGGCCAGGCUACUCAGGUGCGCAUACAGACCGUUCCUGCUCAACAGCUGCAACAGCGAACGGCUGCAGGAUCCCCAAAAUCUGUGUCCACUGUUGUCGUGACAACAGCACCUUCCCCCAAGAAGACCCCGGACCCUCAGUGAGAAUCACCCCGACCCUUCUGACCUCACAAGAAGAAGGGUGUGUGUGUGUGUGUGUGUGUUUGUACGAAGGUGUGUGUUUGUGUGUGCAUUUCUGAGUCUUGGAAGAACUCUAGUUUUGUGUAAAAGAGGGCCUUUGUGAUAAAGUGUUUUUCAUAGGAUGUUGUUAUUGAUGUAAACUGACUGAUUACCUGCUGGUAUACUAAUAAUAAACCAUAAUAAUAAGUCAA